GGGUAGCGAACUUUCUAGAUCUGCGUGCAUAGUGAGUUCAUUCAGCCUUGGCUUUGAUGCGCAGCAACUGAUCGGCGAUCAGAUUACAGGCACUCCAUCUCCCUGCUCGCUUGCCUUUGAUCUGCGCGGGUAAUCCAUUUUCCUGGAUUUGAAGUUUCGUCCGGGUUUGCGCCCACACACAUUUUUGGGAAGGUAGAAGCGUUUGGCGCGGAACUGCUACCACGCUGCGGAAAGCGUGGGGCUGGAGCACAGGCGGGUAGCAGGGAUAAACACGUUUGAUGAGAGCCAUGGCUAUAAAGGUCCUGCUUGAGCAAGGGAGAGUGCCCCUCAUCACCAUGCUUUUCCUAGGCUAUUUGUCAUGUAAAGUGAUUUGUGAAACUGGAGACUGCAGACAGCAAGAAUUCAAGGAUCAGUCUGGAAAUUGUGUCCUCUGCAAACAGUGUGGGCCUGGCAUGGAGUUGUCCAAGGAAUGUGGCUUCGGUUAUGGAGAGGAUGCACAGUGUGUGCCCUGCAGGCCGCACAGAUUCAAGGAGGACUGGGGGUCCCAGAAGUGCAAGCCAUGUGUGGACUGCGCGCUGGUGAAUCGCUUUCAGAGGGCCAACUGCUCACACACCAGUGAUGCUGUCUGUGGGGACUGCUUGCCCGGAUUUUACCGGAAGACCAAACUUGUUGGUUUUCAAGACAUGGAGUGUGUGCCCUGCGGAGACCCACCCCCUCCCUACGAACCACACUGUACCAGCAAGGUGAACCUUGUGAAGAUCUCGUCCACCGCCUCCAGCCCUCGGGACACGGCCCUGGCUGCCGUCAUCUGCAGCGCUCUGGCUACUGUGCUGCUAGCCCUGCUCAUCCUGUGUGUCAUCUACUGCAAGAGGCAGUUCAUGGAGAAGAAACCCAGCUGGUCUCUGCGGUCACAGGACAUUCAGUACAAUGGCUCUGAGCUGUCAUGUUUUGACCAGCCUCGGCUCCGCCACUGCGCCCACAGAGCAUGCUGUCAGUGUCACCGGGACUCAGCCCAGACAUACGGGCCCGUUCACCUGAUUCCAUCCUUGUGUUGUGAGGAGGCCCCCAGCUCUGCCCGCACUGCCCUUGGCUGUGGGCUGCAUACUACGGCUACCCUUCAGGAGAGAAAUACAGCUUCAGUGGGAGACGCCAUGCCAACUUUCUUUGGGUCUGCCUCCCGGUCCAUCUGCGGUGAGUUUUCUGAUGGCUGGCCUCUGAUGCGGAGUCCUGUGGGCGGCGACAUCUCUCUUUGUGACUCAUAUCCUGAACUCAUCGGAGAAGAUAUCAACUCCCUCAAUCCAGAAAACGAAAGCUCAGAAUCUCUGGAUUCCAGUGGUGGUCAGGAUCUGGCUGGGACAGCUGCUCCAGAUUCUUCUGGAAAUUUCACAGAAGCUACUGACUCACCUAGAUAUGGUGAUACAGUCUGGGAGCAGACCCUAGCUCAGGGUGCCCAGAGGACUCCAAGCCAAGGAGGUUGGGAAGGCAGUGGCAACUUGAACCUAGCCAUGUCUAUGUCCUUCCAGGAUGCCUGAAGGCCAUCUUCCUGAAGUGGAGGUGUGGCUGUGGACACGCCUUUGUUGAGGCUUACAGACUGAGCAGUCUUGAUCUUCUGUGGCUUCUGGAAGCAAUAAUAAAUCUGAACCAAGCUGGCAGCAUUUCCAGCCUUUCAACCAGUUGCUUCUGAGCCAGACCAGCUGUAAGCUGAAACUCCAGCGAGAAGCAAGGAGAGACUCUGUAGGCGGCCUCAAGACCCGCACUUCUCCCCCAAACAAGAACUUUAGCUGAGAGCAAUUUGAAGGACUGAUAGGUGGAAUGUGCUGCCUGCAAAACUGUGGGCAUGGCAGGAUCCAGCCUGGCUCCUCCUUACGUUCAUGGUGAAUGUGGUUUCACAAGACCCAGAGUAUAAACUUUCCUAGACAUUCUCUUUCCAAAACAACCCAUUACCCUACAGAAAAGCUGUGGCAGAUUCCUUUCUUAGAUUUUAGGUAGAGCUCUGGGGAUUUCUAUUGAGAAAAAGUGACUUUCUCAUCAGCAGAGUGGUAUGCAUCAGUAGUUUGAAGGGACUUUGUAGCCCUGCCUAAAUCGUGGUUUGGUGAGGUUGAUUGCCCUGUUAUGAGAGCUCUUUUGGCCUCCUCCCCCUCCCCCCGGAUGUGUGACAGAGCUGACAGGAGAGGAGGCCUGGGUUAUGGAAUAUGGCUGUGAAUGUGGAUAGAAAUAUAUUCAAACCACCUACUAUGCAUAUCCUGAAGCCUGGUUGGCCUGGUGACUGUGGAAACAUGUUAGGUCUGCCUCUGUGCUGAGCUUACAGGGCCCAGAUUUCUCAUAUAGUAAUCUGUGGUCUGCACCUGAGCUUAUCUGAAAAGCUUCAGCACAUCCAGUGUGCUACUGAAGGGCCCUUCUUGGGAAUCCAGUGUGUAUUGGAACCAGAUGUGGAGAAGUGUGGUUGGCAGAUAGUUUGGGAGAACAGGCUCCCCGGUGCCAUGUAUCUAACCGAGGCUUUGUAAUACUCAUGCUAACCCAUCUUCUUCCAUGGGUUAGCAUGGAACUCCCAGAACAGUUUUUAAAGCUAAGCAAGAACUAGGACUAGUUUUUCUCUUCAUCUUUUACCCUAUGGCUUCGUUGAGCAGGUUUUAUUUUGGUCUCCAGUUUGAACUUACGUCAUCAGAUUUGGCCUCUGCCUUUCAACCCUAGUCUGUUGCUCUAUUAUUUUUACACUUUAAAAAGCUAGAUCUCUGAGCAUCAGGGUGGUAGAGUUCACCAAAUCUGUUUUGAAGGUGCCCUGUUUAAAUCAGGCUCUUUUACCCAACACUGAAACCAAACAUUGAGAUGCUAUCUUCCUCGAUUCUUUUAUCUUCUGUCCUCUCCCCCUCCCCCGCCCGCCAUGAUUUUCUCUCCUUGUAAGACAUGAGUAGAAUUUAAUGAGCCCUCUUCCUGUGACCUCUCUCUAUUCAUUAUUGCAGCUUUUGAUGUGUGGCUUGUCCAUAUCCAUUGCUUACCAUAACAUCUGUUCUUUACCAGAUGUAAGAACACUACCAUAGAGUGUUCCACGGUAGUUCAUAUCUGCUUUCAUGUCCAUGUGGUGCCCAGUCAUAACCUAUUGGCAUUUUGUUUGUGUGUCCCCAACCCUUAUGAGGAUUUGGCUUUAAGACAGUCACAGAUAUUUAGGAUUUAACCAGCAGACUUCCAUGAGGAUGCAAGCUGAGCCCACCCCCCCAUAGCCUCCUCAUAAUGAACAUGUGUGUGCCAUUGUUUGCAACCUAAUCAUCUGUGUUAUGACAGAGGGAUGAUCAAAGCCAGCAGGGUUGUGUUCCUUUGUGUAACCUGAAUAUAUUUUCCACGUGCCAAGCCCUGAUGGACUUCAAAGAAAGACACCCGAUUGGAAGCAAGCCUUUGGCCCUGAAUCCCAAAAACUCACUUUCAAUCAGAAGAGAAAUGCUGAGGGUUAAAAAUGGAUUUCAUCUGAUACUGCACUUGGGAGAUCCUAGAUUAUCAUCAGAAAGGCGACUUCUCCCACUGGCCGCUCUAGAAACAUGCAACAGUGUUUUACAUUUUAUACUCUAAACAAGAGGGGAAAACUGCAACCUGCACUCUUGUUACUGGAACAUCUUACAAGGCUGAUUACAUGGGAGCUGGGAUGCUGAUGUCAAGACGCUGAUAUGAAGAGGCAUCUAGGCAUAGACGGCACCAGCACCAUCUUUCACAUGGCAGAAGGAAGGACAAGUUGGAGAUGAGGAUUUUUGAAUCAGUCAGGGCAAGCCAUGUGUUUUCUAUUUUGAAUAUAUGGAAUAUAUUUUGAAUUGUGGGGUUUUCUACUUUAAAGAUUUACUGCUGCUGUUACUUAGGAUAAGCACUGCUGUCUGUGUCAGAAGAAAAGGAACAGAAAAUGAAAAAAGAAACAAUCAUUGCUUUUUAAGAUAGUUUGUACCAGCUUAGAUAUCAUCAUGACUGUUUUACAAACUGGAAUUUAUAAAUUGUAAAUUAUCACUUUCCAAUACAAACCUUUUUUAAUGCUUUUUAAAAAUUGUGAAUAAAAUUGAUACUUAUUAUUCUUA